AUGAUUUGCACCAUUUAUUUUCCUUAUUUCUGUCCAAAAAUCUUUACUGUUAAGGAACUUUUGCUAUCCUUUGGCUAUCUGCGCGCAUUUAAUUUAGUUAAAGAUUCCGCAACUGGAUUAAGUAAGGGUUAUGCAUUCUGUGCAUAUGCGGACUUAAACGUAACUGAUCAAGCAAUCGCUGGUUUAAAUGGAAUGCAAUUGGGAGACAAAAAACUAAUUGUGCAACGAGCUAGCGUGGGUGCUAAAAAUGCAGCGCUUAACAUUUUAGCCACACCCGUAACUUUACAGGUUCCAGGCUUAACAACUGUAAUCAGUGCUGGACUAUCUACUGAAAUUUUAUGCCUGUUUAAUAUGGUAACACCUGACGAGCUACGUGAUGAGGAAGAGUACGAAGACAUCUUAGAGGAUAUCAAGAACGAGUGCAAUAAGCAUGGAGUUGUACGCAGUAUCGAAAUUCCACGUCCAGUUAAAGGUGUAGACGUACCUGGUUGUGGUAAAGUGUUUGUGGAAUUCAACUCUAUACUUGACUGUCAGAAAGCGCAACAAGCCUUGACAGGACGCAGAUUUAGUGAUCGAGUUGUAGUGACUUCAUAUUUUGAGCCAGACAAAUAUCAUCGCCGAGAAUUCUAAUUACUUUACGUGUUCAAUUUUUAACUCUUAAUAGGUAUAAGAUAAAUACUUUUUGAUUAGAAAUUGUGGAAUGACAACUUAAA